AUGGAUAUUGACGACAUUCUCGCCUCCGUCGACCAUGGCCCCGGCGCAAGCCGUGAGUCCGCAGCAAUAGAUCACCAGCUCCUAACCCGAUUCUGGGCUGCUGAGCGCGCCGUCUCGGAAGUCCUCCCAUGGCCCGCACCACUAAUGGAGCGAAUGAUGGAUAGAGUCCGGAUCCAAAUCGAAACAAUCGAAGACCUCGCCGCCUCCUCCGCAGACAUGGACCCCUCCACAAAACACACCACACACAAUCCCAAUCUAAACCUCCGCCUCUCAAUCCUUCAAACAGACCUAGCAAGAACCCAAUAUCUCCUCCGCAGUCUCCUCCGCCAACGUCUAUCAAAACUCUCAAAACACAGCAUGCACUACCUAGUCAAACUAGCCUCGCGCUCUAAAAACCCUCUCAUCUCCGACUCUCAAUCCCAAUCUCAAUCCCAGUCACAGUCCCAACAACCAAAUUCCCAAUUAACACCUGGAGACUCAGUCCCAGAUAUCUCAUCCAUAUCAGACAUCUCACCAUUAAGCUCACAAGAAGCGACCUUUGUGCACGCGCACCAAACAAUGUUAGCAGGACACUUUGGGGGAUCGUUCAUGGGCGCCUUUCCGCCUCAAUUGAGACGAUUGGAUGAUAAUGCGGGUGGAACGAGUAUGGUUCAAGGACCAGAGAUGAAAGAGGUUGUUUUUGUGAGGUGUUUGGUUGUUGAGGUUCCUGUUGUUGUACCUGGUGAUGAGGGAGAAGAGGAUCAUGGGGUUCUAAUGCGGAUGGGAGAUGUUUGGGUUGUGCAGUGGGAGGGUGUUAGGGAGGCUUGGAUGAAGGGAUUGGUGGAGUUGCUUUGA